UUUAAAACUUUGCCCUGAGGAUAUAGUCAGUCCAUUUUAUAAAAGUGGUAGCACUACGUCAUCUUAUGAUAGACCGCCAGUGAGCCAUAGUUAUCAAGAGUUCGACACUGACAAGAAAGACUAUCCUCUAACUCAACCCUUAUUGAAGAAAGAGGGUAUGAUUCAGUGCGCAGGAGAGGCGGUAUAUACCGACGACAUUCCAACUAUUAAAGAUGAAGUGUUCGCCUCUUUUGCUCUUUGUACUGUUACAAAAGGUGAAAUAGAGUCUGUUGAUGCAUCGAUGGCCAUGAAAAUUGAUGGUGUCAUUGCUGUAUUAACUUCAAGAGAUAUUCCCGGAAUAAAUAGUUUUAUAAAAAUAGGGUUCUACAACAUGACUGAAAACGAAGAAUUACUAGCUAAUAAUCAAGUACGUUAUUAUAAUCAACCUGUAGCUAUAGUUGUGGCAAAGACGCAAGCAAUAGCUGACAGAGCGUCCAAUUUUGUUAAAGUUAAUUAUAAGAAUAUUUCCAAACGACCUCUAGUCCUAACUAUAGAAGAUGCAAUUAAAGCUCCCAAAGACGAAAGGAGGCUCGUUACGUAUACUGGAAUUACACCUACCGAGAGAGGGGCGAACGUAAGAAAAGUGAUCAAAGGAAGAUUUGUUAGUCCAAUCUCAUAUCAUUUUAUGACAGAGUUGCAUACAACUGUAGUGAAACCAGUUGACGAAGGUUUAGAAGUGCAUUGUUCUACUCAAUGGCAAGAUCAUAUCCAAGCUUCUAUCGCCCAAGUUCUCAACAUGCCAGAAAGUUUAAUAAUAGUGAACACUAAAAGAUGUGGCGGUGCAUUUGGCUGUAAAAUAGCAAGAGCCAACUUAACUGCAUGUGCUGCUGCUUUAGUUGCAAAGACCUUAAACAAACCAUGUCGUAUGUCGAUGCGUCUGCCUGAUAUAAUGAGAGCCAUGGGAAAACGUUGCAACAGUAGAUUGGAUUAUGAGGUCGGAGUUGAUGACGAAGGUCAAAUACAAUAUAUGGACGCAGUAUUUUAUGUUAAUGACGGUUUUGUUUCUAAUGAGAACGAAAACCCCUACGCGACUAAUGCUCUGAUAAAUUGCUAUAAUUCCAACCGAUGGAAAGUGGACUCAUUUGGCGCCAUCACUGACAUGCCAGGAAAUUGCUAUAUGAGGGCACCAGGUGGUUACGAGGGUAUAGCUGCAAUUGAGCAUAUAAUGGAUCACAUUGCAAGAGAAAUAAAAAAUGAUCCUAUAUCAGUACGAAAGGCAAACUAUCGCGCUGAUGACAAUCAAUUGCCUACUCUUGUUCCAAAAUUUAUAGAAAGAGUAGACUAUAGGGAGAGGCAAAAAUUUAUUAAGAAGUUUAACAAUGACAAUCGAUGGAAAAAAAGAGGCAUUAGCCUUCAAAAUAUGGCGUUUCGUACAACGUAUCUCGGUAAUUAUUCAGCUUUGGUAGCAGUUUACCAUGGAGAUGGAAGCGUGAUCGUUAACAUUGGAGGAGUAGAAAUUGGACAAGGGAUAUUUACUAGGAUAGCUCAGGUAGCUGCAAGAGAACUUCUUGUUCCUGUGGAAAAGGUCACGGUUAUACCUUGUUAUAAUUUUGCGACGCCCAAUAACUAUGCAACUGGUUCAAGUAUAACUACAGAGUGCUCUGCAUACGCUGUAAUCAGAUGUUGUGAUCAGAUUAAUGCCAGACUUGCACCGAUCCGUGCCGAGAUGCCUACAGCUACCUGGCAACAAAUUGUUCAAGCAGCAGAUAAUCGUGGUAUAAACUUACAAGCAAACUAUCUCACAAGCCCAAAUGAUCCCCGAUUAGUAAAUUAUUCCAUCUUUGGUAUAGCUGUGACUGAAGUUGAAGUAGACAUUCUAACUGGUAUGAAAUGGAUAGUAAGAGUUGAUAUAUUGGAGGACGCUGGUCGGAGUAUUAAUCCAGUAUUAGAUAUUGGUCAAGUUGAAGGAGCUUUUAUACAAGCGUUGAGUUCGUGGAUAAUGGAAGAAAUAAAAUUCAAUAAACAAUCGGGGGAGCUGUAUACUGACCGAAGCUGGAACUAUAAAAUCUUUGGAGCGAAAGAUAUACCCCAUGAUUUCCGCGUCUAUUUGCAACGAAGAACGUCUAACCCUGUUGGUAUUUUGGGAUCAAAAGCUGUAAGCGAGCCUCCUAUUUGCUUAGGGUAUGGGGUGGUAGAAAGCCUAAGAUCAGCUAUUUUAGAUUCUAGACAUGAAAGCGGUUACACAAACGAGUACAUAACUUUAGAUAUUCCUGUUUCCAAUGAAAGUGUUGUUCACGCGGCUGAAGUCAAAAUAAAGGAGUACGUACUAUACUAACUAAUAUUCCCGCACCUAAUUGCCUCAGAAUAUUGUCAGCAAAAAUAUUUUAAUUCAUAAUGUUACAU